AUGAACACUCCAACCAUGCCUGAUCGAGGGUUUCGGUCAUUCAGCAGUCGCUCACUUCCCUACACACCAGUUCGGUCUGCGUCAACCAACAGUAAUUGGUCUUUCCGAUCCGUACCGUCUUCCAAAAGAUCAGCUAGCACAGACUCUACAUCUUUUUGGAAGACCCCACCAAAGACAUGGAGAGCUUCAUUUCGCGGGUUUUGGAGGUUCCCGGUGCCAAGUUCUACAGUCAUUCGUCAAUAUUUUCACUCUCGCCGGCUGCUUCCUGUCUUUCUAUGCGUGGUAAUAGCUUUGUUGCUAGUCGUAUCGUUGUCUGAGACUCGAUCUAACACCCCCGAUAUCCAUGCGAUUACGAAAUAUACACCAAUACGUCCUGUGAUUCAUCAACCAGAGAGAAACCUACCAGAUCCAGUACAAUGGCUUGAGGAGAACGGGGAAAACAAAUAUGCUGUACCAAGAGGAUAUCUACCGCAUUUCUCGAUAAUCAACAGAAGGCCGAAAGCGGCACUAAUCAGUCUUGUCAGGAACUCGGAGUUGAAGGGUAUGAUACACAGUAUGCAACAGUUGGAAUACAGAUGGAACAGAAGAUACCAAUACCCAUGGAUAUUUUUCAAUGAUGAGCCAUUUACCGAGGAGUUCAAAGCAGCGACCAGAAAUCUUACUUCUGCAAGAUGCUAUUACGAGGUUGUUCCGAAAGAACAUUGGUCUCUCCCGAGCUGGAUCGAUGAAAGCAGAUUCAUGAAUAGCCUGGAGUAUCUGGGCACUAUCGGUGUUGGUAAAGGAUGGAUGGUCAGCUACCACCAUAUGUGUCGAUGGAACAGUGGGUUCUUCUACAAGCACCCUUUCCUCAGGAAUUACGAUUGGUACUGGAGAGUGGAACCAGAUGUUCACUAUUUCUGUGAUAUAGAUUACGAUGUCUUCCGCUUCAUGCGAGACAACAAUCUCAAGUAUGGCUUCAACAUGAAUAUUCUCGACGACGCUCGCUCGUUCCCUUCACUUUGGUCCCGCACUAGAGCUUUUGCAGCAGCUCAUGCGAGCCUCAUCCACCCAGAUGCUGAUCUUGCCUGGCUGCUCGAUCCCCAAAAUGAUGGCGAGUAUAACAACUGCCAGUUCUUCUCCAACUUUGAAAUCGGAUCGCUAAAUUUCUGGCGAGGUGAAGCGAAUGAAGCAUAUUUCAACUGGCUCGACAAAGCUGGGGGAUUCUACUAUGAAAGGUUUGGAGAUGCCCCAGUCCAUACCUUGAGUGUUGCAAUGUUCCUCCCGAAGAGCGAGGUAUGGUUCUUUCGAGAUAUUGGGUAUCAGCAUGAUAUCAAUCACCACUGCCCUCCUCAUCGAGAAGGAAAGUGUAGUUGCGAACCAACGAGGAUGGAUGAGAAUUUCUACAAACUGGUUCCGCUCGAGAGUCCCCAAAAGAAGCCUGCAGAUACUUGUAUUAGACAGUUCCUUGGAGGUGACUGGUUGAAGAAGAGGGAAGGGUGGACUAUGGCUGGUGAGAAGGCUUUUGGUGGGGAUGGUUAUCAUGGUUAUGAGAUUUCGGGUGAUGAAUGA